CCCUCCUCUUCUGGCCAUGUGGAACUCUUCCUGGAGGAGGAGGAGGAGUGGCUGGGAGAGCCUUGGGAGAGAGUGCCUUCCUUCCUUCCUUCCUUCCUUCCUUCCUUCCUUCCUUCCUUCCUUCCUUCCUUCCUUCCUUCCUUCCUUCCUUCCUUCCCAGAGGGGGCCAUGGCUCUCCUGCUGCCCAGGUUGGAGCCUGGCUGCAAGGAGAGGCCGCAGGAGGGAAGCCAGCCCGGUGGUGCAUCUUCAGGCCCAGCAGAGCCAAGCCAGGACCCUCCGCCUGCCUUUCCUGCUGCUGCUGCUGCUGCUGGGAAUGGAGGGCAGUGGUGGGGAGGAGGAGGAGGAAGCCUUCUGGUGGGGAAGGAGGAGGGGGGGCUGCUAAGGGGAGAGCCCCCACCACCUUCAGGGGCAGAGCGCCAGAGCUUCAGGCAGUUCACCUACCAGGAGGCCUUGGGGCCCCGAGAGGCCUGCAGCCGCCUCCACUCUCUCUGCCGCCUGUGGCUGAAGCCCCAGCGACACUCCAAGGCGGAGAUGCUGGACCUGGUCAUCCUGGAGCAGUUCCUGGCCGUCCUUCCUGCCGAGAUGGAGCGCUGGGUCAGGGAAUGUGGGGCAGAGACCAGCUCCCAGGCCGUGGCCUUAGCUGAAGGAUUCCUCCUGAGUCGGGCCCAAGAGGAGAAGGAGACACAGAUGCCGGACUUGUGUACAGAAGUGGCCUCCGCCUGGGAAAGGCCUCCCUCCACCUCCAGCCGGAUGCCGGAUUGUGCAGGACAAAGGGACCCUCCCAGCUCCAUAAGAGGUGAAUCAGAACCAACACAUACUGGCUUAAUUCUUCUUUUUGAUGUACGCAGCACACUUUCUGUGACACCAGAUCAGGUGACCUUCCAAGAGGUGGCCAUGUCCUUCAGUGAGGAGGAGUGGGCCCUGCUGAAUCCGGACCAAAAGGCCUUGCAUCAGGAGGUCAUGAAGGAAAAUCUGGAGAUGGUGUGCUCUUUAGGAGGUGAAUCAGAACCAACACAUACUGGCUUGCUUCUUUUUGAUGUACGCAGCACACCUUCUGUGACACCAGAUCAGGUGACCUUCCAAGAGGUGGCCGUGUCUUUCAGUGAGGAGGAGUGGGCCCUGCUGAAUCCGGACCAAAGGGCCUUGCAUCAGGAGGUCAUGGAGGAAAAUCUGGAGAUGGUGUCCUCUUUAACAACUCACAGAGAAGGAGAAUCAUCUCAAUACCAGGACUGUGGAGAGAAUCAGGAGCUGUGUCUCUCUCGUCAGCAAGCAACGUCCAGUAAGAGGAAACCCUUCAAGUACUUGAAGCGGGGAAAAUGUUUCCGUCAGAAGAAAAGCAUUGCUAAGAAUCAAGCAACUCACACCAGAGAGAAAAAGUUCAAAUGCUUGGAGUGUGGGAAGUCUUUUAUUCGGAAGGGACCUCUCAUUUCUCAUCAAACAAUUCACUCAGGGGAGAAACCCUUUAAAUGCUUGGAGUGUGGAAAGAGUUUCACUCAUAAGAGAAGCCUCACCCGUCAUCAAGCAAUCCAUUCUGGGAAGAAGCCAUUUAAAUGUUUGGAAUGUGGAAAGGGCUUCCUUCAGAAGAGUCACCUGACUUAUCAUCAAGCAAUUCAUACUGGGGAGAAGCCAUUUAAAUGCUUGGAAUGUGGAAAGGGCUUCCUCCAGAAGAGAGGCCUUACCAAUCAUCAAGCAAUUCAUACUGGGGAGAAACCAUUUAAAUGCUUGGAAUGUGGAAAGGGCUUCCUUCAGAAGACAGGCCUUACCAAUCAUCAAGCAAUUCAUACUGGGGAGAAGCCAUUUAAAUGCUUGGAAUGUGGAAAGGGCUUCAUUCGGAAGACAGGCCUUACCAAUCAUCAAGCUACUCAUACUGGGAAGAAGCCCUUUAAAUGCUUCCAGUGUGGGAAGUCUUUUACUCAUAAAAGAAGCCUCACUUAUCAUCAAGCUACUCGUACUGGGAAGAAGCCAUUUAAAUGCUUCCAGUGUGGAAAGUCUUUCAUUCUGAAGGCACAUCUCGCUUCUCAUCAAAGAAUUCACUCAGGGGAGAAACCUUUUCAAUGCUUGGAGUGUGGAAAGAGUUUCACUAUGAAGACAAGUCUCACUUAUCAUCAAGCUACUCAUACUGGGGAGAAGCCAUUUAAAUGCUUGGAGUGUGGGAAGUCUUUUUUUCUGAAGGCACAUCUUACUUCUCAUCAAAGAAUUCACUCAGGGGAGAAACCCUUUAAAUGCUUGGAGUGUGGAAAGACUUUCACUAUGAAGACAAGCCUCACUUAUCAUCAAGCUACUCAUACUGGGGAGAAGCCAUUUAAAUGCUUGGAGUGUGGGAAGUCGUUUAUUCUGAAGGCACAUCUCACUUCUCAUCAAAAAACUCACUCAGUGGAGAAACCCUUUAAAUGUUUGGAGUGUGGAAAGAGUUUCACUUUGAAAACAAGUCUUACCAAUCAUCAAGCUUCUCAUACUGGGGAGAAGCCAUUUAAAUGCUUGGAGUGUGGGAAAGCCUUCAUUCAGGAGACAAGCCUUGCCAAUCAUCAAGUUACUCAUACUGGGGAGAAGCCAUUCAAAUGCUUGGAGUGCGGAAAGAGUUUCACUCAGAAGACAAGCCUCAACUGUCAUCAAAUUACUCAUACUAGGGAGAAGCCAUUUCAAUGCUUAGAGUGUGGGAAGUCUUUUAAUCUGAAGGGAAACCUCACAGUUCAUCAAAUAAUUCAUUCUGGGGAGAAGCCAUUUAAAUGCUUGGAGUGUGGAAAGAGUUUCACUCAGAAGAUAGGCCUCACUUAUCAUCAAGCUACUCAUACUGGGGAGAAACCAUUUAAAUGCUUGGAGUGUGGGAAGGGCUUCAUUCAGAAGGCACAUCUGACUUAUCAUAAAGCUACUCAUACUGGGGAGAAGCCAUUCAAAUGCUUGGAGUGUGGGAAAGGUUACACUCUGAAGACAAGCCUCACCUAUCAUCAAGCUACUCAUACCAGGCAUAAGCCAUUUAAAUGCUUGGAGUGUGGGAAGGGCUUUACACAGAAGGCAAAGUUCACAGAACAUCAAAGAAUCCACACUGAGGAAAAAACAUUUCAGUGCUUGGAGUGUGGAAGAAGUUUCAAACGGAAGAGAAGCCUACAGCGUCAUGAAGUGAAACACACGGGGGAAAGAACCCUUUAAAUGCAAGGAGUGCGAAAAGAGCUUUUGUGAAAAGAGACAUCUUCCUUUUCCCUCAUCCAAACCAUGAGGAGACUGAACUUCUGUAAUAGACUUUUAAAUAGUAUUUCUUUGUUGUUGUUUUCUUCAAGAAUGACUGGAAUUA